GGUUCCCAUUAGCGUCUAGAUUCAUUUUCUUCUAGACUAGAGAUUCGUGCAAUACCAACCAAACACGUCCCAAUUCGUACACCAUCAUCCUAGCAUUCUUUUCCCUGUCUCAUGCCAAUUACAGUAUUACUCCUCCGCAGAUUGGAGGUGGCUGUCGUGGCCGGGACCAUACGAUAAAUUUAUAAACUUCGUUCAUUUCAUUUGUGUGGUCAGUGGCGGACUGGUAGUUAGCCAUCUCCUUCCCAAGUACAGAUUUCCAAUUUCAAUGGGUUCUCGUCGGAGAGUCUCCUCCCCAGUACUCUCUCUCCUCUUUUCUCAUCAUCCCUCGCUGUUACUACUCUGGCUCAUCACCGCCACCUGCCCCACCGUCGCCGCCUUGUCGUCUUCCAAUUUUCCAUCGGUUUCCGCCGGAGCAUCUGAGGACAGGGGAAAGGUCGCGCUCGAUCUCUAUUAUGAGACGCUCUGUCCUUAUUGCUCCAAUUUCAUCGUCAAUUAUCUGGAUAAGCUCUUUGACAGUGGACUAAUCUCCGCCGUCGAUCUCAACCUCAUUCCCUACGGCAACGCCAAGAUUGGAUCCAACGCCACCAUCACUUGCCAGCAUGGCCCAAUGGAAUGCUUGCUGAACACCAUCGAGGCAUGUGCAAUCAGUGUCUGGCCGGAUCUGAAUAAGCAUUUCUCUUUCAUCUACUGCGUUGAAACUCUGGUCUAUGAGCACAAAUACGCAGAGUGGGAAACAUGUUAUGACAAAUUGGGUUUGGAUGCAACACCUAUUACUGAAUGCUACACUAGUGGUUAUGGGGAAGAGCUUGAGUUACAAUAUGCAGCAGAAACAAAUACCCUUCAACCUCCCCAUGAAUAUGUGCCUUGGGUGGUCGUUGAUGGGCAACCCCUCUACGAGGAUUACGAAAACUUUAUAAGCUAUAUUUGUGAAGCUUAUAAAGGCGCUACUCUGCCCAACGCUUGCAGCGCACUGUCCCUCAAUACCAUUCAAAAGAAGAAACGAAACACUCGUGCUCCAGUCUGUUACAGAGAAGAUGCAACGAAGUCAUUUUCAUCAAGGAUCAGAUCAGCCAUUACGUCAUGGUUGGACCGAAGUUGAUGUUGCAGUUUCAUGGUAGAUGCCUUCACGUUCUAUGUACUUCUUAAUAAGUACUUUUUCUUUUUUCUUCUGUUGUUUCAUAAAAUUGCGGGUAUUAGAGUCGGGUCUGUCAAUAUUGGUAUACACUAUACAGCGAAUGAAGCACAAUGAGUAGAUCUGUGAAUCGUAUAGGUGUAACAACUUCGCAUCUUUGCAUGUCACACUGUUCUAUUCUAUGUGUGCUUUGUAUUGGUUUUGCUUCACGCAA